UUUCGUAACGUAAUCUCAAACCAUUUUAGAUCUGGAUACACGCUAAUGUUGGACGGCCGCACCUGCAACGAUAUCAACGAAUGUGCAGACAAUCCGCGAAUUUGUAGCGGAGGAAACUGUACAAAUACCCAUGGAGGAUUCACGUGUCUAUGUACGAAAGGUUUAAUUGCUGGACCUGGCAACAACUCGUGCUUGGACAUUGACGAAUGUAGACAGAACCCGAAUAUUUGUGGUAAUGGGGAAUGUAUUAACACCUUGGGAUCCUUCCAGUGUAGGUGUGAGGAAGGGUAUUCCGUCAAACCUGGGGAAGAACAUGUUUGCUCAGACGAAGAUGAAUGCUAUCUGGGCAUAUACACUUGCGAUGUAAACGCCGAUUGCAUUAAUAAUCCAGGAUCGUACCAAUGCCGAUGUCAAGAUGGUUUCACAGGGAAUGGUGUUAGCUGUAGAGAUAUUAAUGAAUGUCUUACAAAUAAUGGCGGUUGUAAUCAAAACGCGCAGUGCAUCAACACUGAUGGUUCCUUCAAGUGCGUCUGUGACACUGGUUUCAAAGGAGAUGGUUAUGAAUGUUCUGAUAUCGAUGAAUGUUCAAAUGAUCCAACGCUUUGUGAAAAUGGACAAUGUUUAAAUUAUCCUGGCGCGUUUAGGUGCGAGUGUGACAUGGGAUUUAUGCAUCCAGAUGAGCAUAAGGACCAAGCAUGUGUCGACAUCGACGAAUGUCAAAUGUUUAACAAUUUAUGUGUUCACGGAACUUGCGAGAACGUUUUCGGAAUGUUCAGAUGCGAGUGCCGUGAUGGAUUUAAACUGGAUAGCUCCGGUGGUAACUGUACUGACGUAGACGAAUGCGAUAGCCCGCAAUCAUGCGUAUACGGCUCAUGCCAGAACGAAGAGGGCACUUAUAGAUGCAUUUGUCCACCCAAUUAUGAUAUGAUUUCGGAAGGAAAUGCGUGCAUUGAUCGAAGAACUUCAAGAUGUUUUCUUGAAAUUGAUAAUCAAGGUAUAUGCCAGUUGCCUACGGCGGAUUACGUAACGAAAGCUUCUUGUUGCUGCUCGGUUGGUAAAGCAUGGGGUCCCCAUUGUGAACUGUGCCCUAUUCCUGGAAGUCCAGAGUACGAUGAAAUAUGUCCGGGAGGUUUAGGUUAUAAACCAAACGAAAUCACUGUGGUUCUAGAGGACAUUAACGAGUGUGAAGAACACGAAAAUAUUUGUAGAAAUGGUCAUUGUACAAACACUUUUGGCAGCUUUAUGUGUUCUUGCAACGAAGGUUUUCAUUUAGAUCAAUCAGGAGUAGAAUGCAUUGACGUGGAUGAGUGCGUUGAAAAUCCAGGAAUUUGCAAUGUUGGACGUUGCAUAAACGAACAUGGACGCUAUUUCUGCGAGUGUCCUGAAGGAUAUAUGCCGUUACCUGGAGGAAGGGAGUGCGUUGAUAUGAGAAGAGAUGUAUGCUUCCUCAACUACAGCAGGUGGACAUGUUCGCUGCCAAUGACUCAAAAUCAAACGAAAAAGCUGUGCUGUUGUUCAAUGGGUCAAGCAUGGGGUCAGCCGUGUGAACCAUGUCCGAUUCAAGGCACCAGUGAAUACAUUACAUUAUGCGGUGUGCGACCUGGCCAGAUUAUCAACCCAAUGACAAACCAAAGUGAAGGAAUUGAUGAGUGUCAACUCAUGCCUACAAUGUGCACACAUGGCGUCUGUGUGAACACGCCCGGAAGUUUCGAAUGCCAGUGCAAUCGCGGUUUUAUAUACGACAUCAAUUCGCACCAAUGUAUAGACGAAAAUGAAUGCCUGCGCCAACCAAAUCCGUGUGAAGGAAAUGCUCAAUGUGUAAACCUACAAGGCAGCUUCGAAUGCAGAUGUCCAGAAGGAUAUAAACAUGGUUCCAGCUUUAUGGAUUGUGUUGAUAUAGAUGAAUGUAUCGAGCAUCCGAAUAUUUGCAACAAUGGAGAUUGUAAGAAUCUACAGGGCAGCUUCCAGUGCAUAUGCCACGUUGGUUAUUUACUCACACCUUCAAGAGAUAACUGUCUAGAUAUUGACGAGUGCGUUAGACAUCCCAACAUUUGUAACAAUGGCACUUGUUUGAAUGUGGUCGGUACUUACAAGUGUCAUUGCAACCCCGGUUUCAAGCUAAGUCACACCAACGAUUGCGUCGACAUAGACGAAUGUCAUAUGAUGCCAUUUUUAUGUCGAAAUGGACGAUGCCGAAACACUAUCGGAUCAUUUGCUUGUGAAUGUGCUUCCGGAUAUACAUUAACGGCGGAUCAUCAUAAUUGUCGCGAUGUGGACGAGUGUCACGAAGUGCCCGGUACAUGCCCAUCACCUGGACAAUGCCUAAAUAUUAUGGGUUCAUUUGUAUGCACUUGCCCAGAAGGUUAUGAACUCAGCCAGGUUACCAAUAGAUGCGAAGAUAUUGACGAAUGCCAAACAAAUCCGGGUAUUUGCGAGAAUGGUGUAUGUACGAAUACGGAUGGUGGCGCCUUUUGUACAUGUCCCAGUGGUUUCAUUUUGGACCCUAAGAUAAUGUCGUGCGUGGAUAUUCGACAGGAACAAUGCUACGACGAUUUCUCGAGAAACCAAUGUGCCGCCCCUCGCGGUUUUCAGAUUACCAUGAAGGAAUGCUGUUGUUCACGUGGAGCUGCAUGGGGUCGGUACUGCCAACAGUGUCCUAAAGAAGGCACAGAUGAUUUCUCGAAAUUAUGUCCUGAAGGACCAGGGCGAAUGGAUUCCGGAAACGAUCUCAACGAAUGUGAAUUAAUGGCGAAUGUUUGCGAAGGAGGAGACUGUAUAAAUACAGACGGUUCAUUCCGAUGCGAAUGCCCAAUGGGGUAUGCCUUAGAUUCGACCGGUAGAAAGUGUGUCGAUGAUAACGAGUGUGUCACGACACAAAAUGUUUGUGGCAAUGGUACAUGUAACAACGUAAUUGGAGGUUUUGAGUGUUCCUGCGAUGACGGAUUUGCACCGGGUCCUAUGCAGGUAUGUGAAGAUGUUAAUGAGUGCCUCGAACUGGGCAACCAGUGUGCGUUUAGAUGUCAUAACGUUCUUGGAUCGUUCAGGUGCAUUUGUCCAUACGGUUAUGCUUUAGCUCCAGAUGGUCGUCAUUGUCAAGAUGUUAACGAAUGUUUGACACCGGCCAAUAACUGCAAAUUCGAAUGCAAGAACUUAAUUGGAUCUUUCAUGUGCAUCUGUCCGGAAGGAUACACGCAAGUAGGUUUAACAGAUGAUUGCCAAGACAUCAACGAGUGCGCAGUAAAUCCGGGAAUAUGCCAGAACGGACACUGCUUCAACCUGUUGGGAUCGUACAGGUGCGAUUGCUUCGAAGGAUACGAGGCAUCACAAGAUCGAAAAUCCUGCAUCGACAAAAGGCAAGGUUUCUGCUUUAGACAAUUAAUUCAAGGUCGCUGCACCGCGCAGAAUUUGGAAAUGAAUCGCGUAACGAAAGCUGAUUGCUGUUGUUCAAUGGGAGAAGCGUGGGGUCCGCGAUGUGAAAUGUGCCCGCCGAAAUAUUCACCUCAGUAUCAAGAGCUUUGCUUAGAUAGUGGAUUUACUGUUGAUGGCUCAGAUGUGGAUGAGUGUACAACAAUUCCGGACCUAUGCAGAAAUGGUCGCUGUAUUAAUACGCUUGGAUCGUAUAGAUGCAUGUGUCACAAGGGCUUCAAGGUUGAUCCCAGUGGAAUUUAUUGUAGAGACGUCAACGAAUGUCAAUUGAUUCCUUCUCCUUGUAAACAUAUUUGUCACAAUACCGAGGGUAGUUACGUCUGCGCUUGUCCGCCAGGAUUCCUACUAAAUCCCGAUGGUGUGUCUUGUCGCGACCUUGAUGAAUGUAGCACUGGGCAGCAUAUGUGUCAGCAUAUCUGUAUUAACACGCAUGGCAGUUACACGUGCUCGUGUCCAAAGGGAUACAACCAAGUUGGGGAUGAUUGCGAAGAUAUAAACGAAUGCGAAGAGUUAGGAGUUUGUCCAAAACCGGGCCGUUGUGUAAAUACUUUAGGUAGCUUUAGAUGUGUGUGUCCGAGAGGUUUCCAACUGGAUCCUACUGGAACUUAUUGUGUCGACUCCGAUGAAUGUUUGGAUGAUACAAAAUGCCCAGAGGGCUGCCAAAAUCUUAUUGGAGGAUACCGCUGUGGUUGCCCUGAUGGAUAUUCCUUGCAUAAUUACUAUAAUCAAUGUGUUGAUGACAACGAAUGUCUGAAUACUCCGUGCGGCGAUGGAGGCAAUUGCUUUAAUACUCCUGGAAGCUACAGAUGUGGUUGUCCAGAUGGGUAUCAAUUUGAUUCCAAACUCAAUAUAUGCCUUCAAGUCAGUUCUGGGUGCGUUGGAGCUCCUUGUGCUUUCGGAUGCACAUCGUAUGGAGGUAUGUAUUCGUGCGACUGUCCACAAGGCUAUCAACGUAUUGGACAAGGCCAUUGCUUAUCAACAAUAUCGCCAUCUUCCUCCAAUUACGCUCCCGAUUUCGGAAAUGUACCAACCUAUGCUAUAGGCGGUGAUAGGACAUCUGACGACAAAAUUAUAACUGGUGAAGGAUGUUUCUCAUGCAAGAUAAACGGUAGGCAUCGCCGGCAUUCGACACAGAGGAGCAAUUCAACUAGUGGCGAGGAAGUACUGCGUAGGAUUUUGAAGAGAUCUACGGGCCACGUUAGAGCAAGGAGGCAUCAUCAUGGUGAAGAACUGUUGCUGAAUAUUCACCUACAGCAAACUAAACAUAAGAUGCGGAUUUUAAAACUUCAACCUGCCGUGAAGAGCGACGUAGAAUAUUCCAUAGCGAAGGGAAAUGACAGAAACAAGUUCCAAUUAGUCAAGAAAUACGGCGUAUGGGCAUUGCAUUUCAAGAGAAGACUAAAACAUACAGGAAACUUUGACCUUACAAUACACGGCAAACCU